GCCGCCGCCGCCGCCAUGGCCACGCCGCCGCCUGGCCGCGCGGGCGGGCCCGCCACGCCGCUGUCGCCCACGCGCCUGUCGCGGCUGCAGGAGAAGGAGGAGCUGCGCGAGCUCAAUGACCGCCUGGCGCACUACAUCGACCGUGUCCGCGCGCUCGAGCUGGAGAACGACCGGCUCCAGCUCAAGAUUUCCGAGCGGGAGGAGGUGACCACGCGCGAGGUGAGCGGCAUCAAGACGCUGUAUGAGGCGGAGCUGGCUGAUGCCCGCCGGGUGCUGGACGAGACGGCCCGGGACCGGGCCCGGCUGCAGAUCGAAAUUGGGAAGCUGAGGGCCGACCUGGAGGAGGCCAGCAAGAGCGCAAAGAAGAGGGAGGGCGAGCUGACGGUGGCCCAGGGCCGCGUCAGGGACCUGGAGUCCGUGUUCCACCAGAGUGAGGCGGAGCUGGCCGCCGCUCUCAGCGACAAGCGCGCCCUGGAGAACGACGUGGUGGAGCUGAGGGCCCAGCUGGGCAAGGCGGAGGAUGGGCACGCGGUGGCCAAAAAGCAGCUGGAGAAGGAGACGCUGAUGCGCGUGGACCUGGAGAACCGCUGCCAGAGCCUGCAGGAGGAGCUGGCCUUCCGCAAGGACGUCUUUGAGGAGGAGGUGCGGGAGACGCGACGGCGACACGAGCGGCGCCUGGUGGAGGUGGACAGCAGCCGGCAGCAGGAGUAUGACUUCAAGAUGGCGCAGGCACUGGAGGAGCUGCGGGCGCAGCACGAUGAGCAAGUGCGGCUGUACCGCCUGGAGCUGGAGCAGACCUACCAGGCCAAGCUGGAUAACGCCAAGCUGAGCUCCGACCAGAACGACAAGGCCGCCAGCGCCGCUCGGGAGGAGCUGAAGGAGGCCCGCAUGCGGGUUGAGUCCCUCAGCUACCAGCUCUCCGGCCUCCAGAAGCAGGCGAACGCGGCCGAGGACCGGAUCCGGGAGCUGGAGGAGACCGUGGCCGGGGAGCGGGACAAGUUCCGGAAGAUGCUGGACGCCAAGGAGCGGGAGAUGACAGAGAUGCGGGACGUGAUGCAGCAGCAGCUGGCUGAGUACCAGGAGCUGCUGGACGUCAAGCUGGCCCUGGACAUGGAGAUCAGCGCCUACCGCAAGCUCCUGGAGGGCGAGGAGGAGAGGCUGAAGCUGUCCCCCAGCCCGUCGUCGCGCAUCACCAUCUCGCGGGCCACAUCGAGCAGCAGCAGCAGCAGCGUGUCCGUGUCCGGGCGCCUGGGCCGCAGCAAGCGGAAGCGGCUGGAGGUGGAGGAGCCGCCGGGCACGGGCUCCAGCGGCACCGGCUCGGGCAGCAGCAGCUUCCGCCUGGCCCAGCAGGCCUCGGCCUCGGGCAGCGUCAGCAUCGAGGAGAUCGACCUGGAGGGCAGGUUCGUGCAGCUGAAGAACAGCUCGGACAAGGAUCAGUCUCUGGGCAACUGGAGGAUCAAGAGGCAGAUCCUAGAAGGGGAGGAGAUCGCCUACAAGUUCACGCCCAAGUAUGUGCUGCGGGCCGGCCAGACGGUCACGGUAUGGGCAGCCGGUGCAGGGGUGGCUCACAGCCCCCCGUCCACGCUCGUGUGGAAGAGCCAGAACAGCUGGGGCACGGGCGAGAGCUUCCGGACCAUCCUGGUCAAUGCUGACGGGGAGGAGGUGGCCAUGAGAACCGUGAAGCAGUCCUCGGUGGUGCGGGAGGCCGAGGACGGGGAGGAGGGUGAGGACGAGGCGGCCGAGUUUGGAGAGGAGGAUCUUUUCCAUCAGCAGGGGGACCCGAGGACCACCUCUCGAGGCUGCCGCGUCAUGUGAACCGAACAUGCCUCAUCACACGUCUUUCUUUAUCCAGGGCCACUGAAAACUAUUUUUAUAUCAUUG